AUGGGGCUGCAGGGCGUCAAGGCCGUUUUCUUCGACCUGGACAACACGCUGGUGGACACGGCGGCGGCGGGACGCCGCGCCAUCGAGGAGGUGGUCAGCGCCCUGCAGGCCAAGCACCACUGCGGCGAGGGCGAGGCGCGCGCCAUUUGCGACMGGGUGCGGGCGAAGCUGCUGCGCGAGUGCCACGACCCGGCCACGACGUGCAUCACGGAGCUGCGGAUCUCGCACUGGGAGGAGGCCAUCCAGGAGACGCUGGGCGGGCAGGCGAACCGCAGCCUGGCCGCUGAGUGCUACUUCUUGUGGAAGACGACGCGCCUGCGGCACCUGACGCUCGCCGAGGACACGCGGGGGAUGCUCACAGAGCUGCGCAAGGCUGUGCGCCUGCUGCUCCUCACCAACGGCGACAGGCAGACGCAGCGCGAGAAGAUCGAGGCGUGCGCCUGCCAGCCCUACUUCGACGCCAUCGUCGUGGGAGGCGAGCAGAAGGAGGAGAAGCCGGCGCCGUCCAUAUUCCACCACUGCUGCGAUCUCCUAGGGGUGCAGCCCGCCGAGUGCAUUAUGGUUGGCGACUCUCUAGACACGGAUAUCCAAGGAGGCCUGAACGCAGGCUUGAAAGCAACUGUCUGGCUAAACAAAACCAUGACGACCCCCUUAGAUACCGCCCCRGUACCUCACUACGUUAUUUCAUCUGUGCUUGAUCUUCCCGCGCUUUUGCAGAAGAUGGAUAACAAAAUUAAUACGAACCUAGAAACUAGCCAUACACCUAGCUGUAAUGAAGUGCAUUGACAGUUCCAGCACACAAGCUAGGAUAUGCAGAGCUGCUAGGAGACUCACACUCUUCCAAAAAAUACCCGACCCUAGGAUUUUAAACUCACAUAGGAGCACAGGUCUCAGUGAGGUUGGACAGAAACAAGGAGCUAGAUUCAUUUAAAUAAUGCAGGUGCAGUUCAUUUAAAAUAACUGUCUGUGUCUGGAAAUCAUUUUGACAGACUGUGUCUAAAGCAUAUCUGUCUCCCACCCAGGUUGCCACUCUCUUCUUUUUAUACUGGGAAAGAAAAGUUGAAUGUUGUGAUCUUUCAUGUGCUUUAACUUGUAAGUUCAGCUGAAAAUUCAGUUCACCGCUUGUUUGCAGUGUAUAAAACAGCAGAAAAUAAGAGAGUGUGGUAUAAUCUAGUAAAUCUUUACAAUCAUAAUCUGCAGUUUAUCUCAAGAAUUGAAGAAAUUUGCUUUUUAUGAAAAGUAUCAGAAUUUAUUGUUUAUCAGAUUAUUAUAAAAUGCUUGCUGUUGAUCUUUUUUUCAAGUUUAAAUUCACAUCUAGAUUUUUUCCUCCAACUUUGCAGUGGCUUUGUUUUUAUGGAAUUGGUUCUAUUCUAAAAUGUAUACCAAAAUACUAAAAUGUACAUUAAAAUUUGCAUCUGUAUAGGGGACCAUUUAUGGGAGAGACUUGAUAGAUAAGGUUUUAUUCUGUAUUGUCUUGGUGCUUCUGCAGAUGUGCAGUAUACUUGUUACUCAGAUCACAGUUUUUGUUGCAGUUGGUAUGCCAGGGCUGCUUCCAGUGACCUGCUUACUAUACUGUCAAACACUUAGAAAGGUAAAACAUUUUGUGCGGACUAGUUUCCUUAGUGAUUUUUGAUCAGACCUUUGGAGAAGUUGCUCUCCAUCUUGCUCAGAUAUAUUACCUUCCAGGUGCAGUUGCAAGAUCGGUGCUUUUUUAACUGUUUGCAUGGUUACUGCUAUAAAGUCCUUCCUUCCGCCAAGUUCUACACAUAUUUCCUGUGACUGAGUCUGGAGAAGAUAUGAGCUAGCUGCUGGUAAACAGCUUUCAGGCCUGGAAAAUGAUGUGAUACGGUUUACAGUGCUAUUACACAACUUCAUAAAAUGUAUGUGCA